CCCGCCCCCGGAGCGGUUGGGAUUUGAAUCUCCGGCGGGCUGCGGCCGGAAGGACCGACCCCUCAGCCCGGCAUGGAGAGGUCGGGCGCCAGCGGACGGUGCCCAGUGCAAGAGCAGCGUGCCCGUUGGGAGCGGAAACGCGCCUGCACUGCCCGGGAGCUGCUGGAGACCGAGCGGCGCUACCAGGAACAGCUGGGGCUGGUGGCCACGUAUUUCGUGGGGAUUCUGAGAGCCACAGGCACCCUGCGACCAGCAGAGCGCCAGGCCCUGUUUGGGCCCUGGGAACUCAUAUACGGCGCCAGCCAAGAGCUGCUUCCCUACCUUGAAGGAGGGCACUGGGGACAGGGGCUGGAAAGCUUCUGCCCCCACCUGGAGCUCUACACUCAAUUUGCUGCCAACGCAGAGGUGUCCCGGACCACCCUGCAGGAGCAAUUAAAGAAAAACAAACGUUUCCGGAGGUUUGUGCGACUUCAGGAAGGCCGCCCUGAGUUUGGAAGCCUUCAUCUUCAGGAUCUGCUCCCUCUGCCUCUGCAGAGGCUCCAGCACUGUCUUAAUUCCAGAUAUGAGAAUCUUGUCAUGGCUUUGGCUGAAAACACAGGUCCCAACAGCUCUGACCACCAACAGCUCACACGGGCUGCCCGGCUGAUAAGUGAGACCGCCCAGAGAGUCCACAGCAUUGGUCAGAAACAGAAGAAUGACCAGCACCUCCGGCGUGUUCAGGGUUUGCUCAGUGGCCGCCAGGCAAAGGGGCUUACCUCAGGUCGCUGGUUCCUACGCCAGGGCUGGCUAUUGGUAGUGCCUCCCCAUGGGGAGCCUCGGCCCCGAAUGUUCUUCCUCUUCUCCGAUGUGCUCCUCAUGGCCAAACCUCGACCCCCACUGCACCUGCUGCAGAGUGGCACCUUUGCCUGCCGUGCCCUCUACCCCAUGGCCCAGUGUCAACUCCAGAGGGUCUUUGGCCACUCAGGAGGCCCUUGUGGUGGACUGCUCAGCCUGUCCUUUCCCCAUGAGAAGCUACUGCUUAUGUGCACAGACCAGGAGGAGCUGUUGCGCUGGCACCACAGUUUGACUCUGGCCAUCAGCAGCCAGAAGAACUAGAAGAAUCUUAAAAUUCCAGAACCCAGGAUACUUGAGGGAUAGGUCAAAGUCAGCAGUACAGAGAAAUCUUCAGUACUAACUAAACAAAACACAGAACCCUCCAUGGUUUGAGAAGGGUCGUUUCGGGUUUGCUUGGGACCAAACUGCCAGCUUAUCUGACCAGCCCUUAAGAAUCAGGAAACCAAGUCCAACCCAGCUGAAGCUCUGCUGAACCAGCCCCUCCAACGCAGAUGAGGGGAUUCAGGACUGAUAAGCUCGGUGCUGGGGCUCUGGCUGGUUGUUUAUCAAGACUGCAGCUUUGUAAACGUGGAUGUUUUUAUGUUGUAUGCAGUUUCUAUAAUUUAUUUUCCCACUGGAUUUCAGUAAAGUUUUUUUUUUUUCUUAA